CUGGCGGCACGGCCCCGCCGCUCCGGGCACUCCCGGCAGCGGCGCCGGCGGCGGCCCCGGGGAGCGGGCGGGGGCCGGUGGCGGUGGCGGUGCCGCCAUGGAGGCGUGCGAGGGCGGCGAGCAGCCGCCGCUGCUGCUGCUGCAGUGGGACCGCAAGCUGAGCGAGCUGUGCGAGCCCGCCGACCCCGACGCCCUGCUGGGACACACGCACUUCACAGAGUUCCUGGAUGAGUUCUCACCAGACGUCCUAGGCCAGCUCUUGAACGAUCCCUUCUUGUCUGAGAAGAAUGAAGUGAUGGAGGUGGAGCUGUCUCCAGCAUCCCCAGCGCCCCUCAUCCAGGCAGAGCACAGCUAUUCCCUGUGUGGGGACUCCCGGCCCCAGUCUCCCCUCACCCACAUCUCGACUGAUGACAACUUCAACGAAGCAGGUGGGGCCUGCUGCAGAUUUCACAAGUUUGGCUGCGUUUCACUGAGGACAACAAAUAAAACCUGUGAGAAGGCUUUUCAAGGUGACCUGGAAAAUGAGGAAUGGUGUCUGGGUACCGAGCUGACUCCAGCAGCAAUAAAGACUGAGCCAGCGUUGUGCGAGACAUCAGGCCUUACUCCCUCCGUCAGUCUCACUGUCACGGCCACGUCGCUGGACGGCGAGCAAGCCGAGCUGCAGGCUGAUGCCCUGAUGAAACCACUGAGCCAGAAAGUGCUUCCAGAGAUUAAAUUGGAGCCCCAUGAAGUGGAUCAGUUUCUGAACCUCUCUUCUAAGGAAGCAGUCGACCCCCUGCAUUUGCCUCCAACCCCUCCCAGCAGUCAUGGCAGUGACUCUGAAGGAGGGCAGAGCCCAGCUAGAUCGCUCCCUCCUUCAAGCCCGAUCCAGCUGCAAGCCAUGGCUAAAGUUACGUCACGCACAGCUUCAGCGCUUUCCAAUUCCCCUCUCCUGACUGCACCACAUAAAUUGCAGGGGACUGGCCCGCUCAUCCUGACAGAGGAGGAGAAGAGGACACUGAUAGCAGAGGGGUACCCAAUCCCUACCAAACUGCCCCUGACAAAGGCAGAGGAGAAAGUGCUGAAGAAAAUCCGCAGAAAAAUAAAGAACAAGAUCUCUGCCCAGGAAAGUAGAAGAAAAAAGAAAGAAUACAUGGACAGUCUGGAAAAAAAAGUUGAGAAUUGUUCAAAUGAAAAUAGUGAGCUGCGUAAGAAGGUUGAAGUCCUGGAGAAUACUAACAGAACACUUCUGCAGCAGCUGCAGAGACUCCAAGCCAUAGUUGCUGGAAAGGUGUCCCGUUCAUGUAAGGCAGCUAGCACGCAGACAGGGACCUGUCUUAUGAUGGUGGUGCUGUGCUUUGCAGUAGUUUUUGGCAGCUUCUCUCAGAGCUAUGGGCCAUAUCCUUCUGCUACAAAGAUGGUGUUGCCCAGGCAACAUUCCUCACCAGAGUCCUACACAGACUCCAUUGUGAGAUCAAGGAGUCUGCUAAUAUAUGAAGAGCCUCACCAGCUGGAGGAGUCGUCAAGCCCGAUCUCCUUUGCAGAUCGAAACGACAGGCACGCAGACAGCUCCAAGUACACGGCGCUAGCUCUGGAAGCUGUGCCGGGGAUGCAGCGGGAUGAUAUCAUGGAGUUCACAAUAGCCAAUGAGAUGAGGCUAGAGAAAUCAGUGCUGCUGGGCCUGCAGCAGCACAGAGUCAACUCUGAAAUAGAAGGAAAUGAAACACUGAAGAUAAUUGAAAUAGAUAGAAGAGUCAAUGCCACCUCUUAAAAAUAAAAAGGCCUUUUUUCUUGA